AUGAUUGUUGAUGGAAUACAAGAGUCAAGCGAGAAUUCACCCAAUUAUCAUUGGGCUGUCGGAAUCUUUAUGGAUGAUCCAGAAGUUUCGAUCACCAAAUGCACUGGUACGCUGAUCUCACCGAUUCACGUCGUCACGGCGGCUCACUGCGUUACCAAUCGUGGUGACAAUUCAACCACAUUCAAUCGGAUUAACUAUUUUGUGGGAGCCGGAGCGAAAUGCGUGGAAUCAACACAGGAAUGUAGAGAUUUUGGAGCGAAACGAGUCAUUGCUAAGGUGAAAAAUGUGGUGGCUACUGUUGAGAUCAUGAAAGGCGAAUGGAACAGACAUGGAGGAGAUAUUGCGCUUUUGGAGCUUGAGAACCCGAUUGAACAGAAUAAUCACAUCGAAUUUGCCUGUCUUCCCGCUCACGAUAUGGACCUUCCACUAAACACACCAAAUUUCAUUCAUUGGGGAUGGGGAAAGCGGGAAUUCGAUGGAUCUCCUGCAACAAAGGCCGCAGUUUUGAAUUAUCUGAAAGAUGUUAGCUUGUUCGAUUGUGCUAUCACCAACCCGGAUGUCGAUGUCAUGUGUACUACGGCUAAACUCAUGAAGCAAGGAACCGAAUGGGGUGAUUCUGGCUCGGGAUUGGAGUAUUUUGAGCAAGAUUUUGCCACCGGAAAACACUAUGUUGUUGGAGUAACUGAUUACAGCACAAACAUUAGCUCGCACACCUAUUGUGCGGAUCUUCGGAUUUAUUCGAAAUGGAUCUGUGACUUGACUGGGAUUUGUUAUAUGGAAAAGAAG